UUUAUUACGCCGCCCUCUAUCGAGCACAUUCCAUUACCCAAAAAUAUUUUUGUUGACGGUUGCUUGGCACUUGACUUUGGCUUUGGCGAUCUCAGUCGUAUCUUUUAUACCUCUCAGACAAUUUUCAUCCAUUGUACGCUGUUGACUUGAUAGCAGAAAUGACUCAGAGAUCUGCAGAUUUUAGGGCAAGGGAGAACCAAUCGAAGUUUGUACAGCAGCGAAUCAAUGCUGUCGAGAAGCACUUUGCGGAGCUAUGCCAGGAUUUUUCUGCCUACACCCGUAAGCUCGCCCGUGUCCGUGACAGGGGUGAUCUCCUCUCCAAAUCUCUCUUGACCUAUGCAGAGGCAGAGGCCCCUUCUACCAAGGCUGGUCUAACUGGAUUUGCUGAACACAUCUCCUCAAUUCAAGAUUACAGACAAGCUCAGGUAUCAAGACUGGAAUUCAAAGUAGUACAGCCAUUGACACUGUAUGGUACAGCAUGUAAACAUGCUAAGGAUGAUCUGAAGAGCAGCUUUGCUGCAAGAGAGAAAGAAAUAAGCCAACAAAAGAAACUUGAUAAAGUCAGACAGAAGGCCCCAUCAGAUAGACAACAAAUACGCAAGGUUAAAGGCCAGUCUCAGGCAGAGUCUAAGCUUCAGAAAGCCACAGUAGAUGCAACCAGAAGUAACAAGGCGCUGGAAGAUCAGAUGGAUGCCUUUGAGAGGAAGAGGUUACAGGAUAUAAAGAGUAUCUUGUCUGAGUUUGUUAAGAUAGAGAUGUUAUUUCAUGCCAAGUGUUUAGAGUCUUACACAGAUGCGUUCCAGUCUCUCCAGUCAAUAAGUGAUGAGGAUGAUCUUGAGGAAUUCCGUAAUUCACUUCGACCAUUCAACACUGCUGACAGCAGCUCAAGGCAGAGUCUAUUCAGAGGAGACUCCAAACAAUCUCUCAACUCAACAUCUGGUAGCUCACGGCCCUCCACCGUAGAUCGCAGGAGACCUACUAAGCAACAGCUCCAGUACUCAGAAGAAGAUGACGACGAUGAGGAGGAGGAUGACGAUGACGACGAUGAUGAGGAAUAUAGUGAUGAAGAUGUCGCAGAAGACUACUACAAAAGAUGAUUAAUUUGGUGCAUGAUAAAACAGGUUUAGUUAAUUUACUUGUAUAAAUGUAUUCUGGAGGUUAAUUAAUGAACUUUGUAAUAACAGUAUCAGACUAAAUAAAACAUUUUGAAGCAUUGAGUGAAAAUAGUCCAGGCAUGCUAUUAAGUGUUGAAUUUUGCUGUGCUGUAAUGUGCAUGAACUAAAUGAGAAUGAUAUUACACCUUGAUUUUUGUUUGCCUUAGUGUACUAUCUGCCACUGUAAAGAUAUGUUUUUAAUUGUGCUGUUUAGAAAUACAAGGGAUAGACUCAUCAGUAUUGAUUUAUGUUUGUUUUAUUGAUUUAUAUGUCUUCUGGGCUCCGUAACACAAAGAUUAGCGAUCAAUCGCUAAAUGAGCUGACCAAUCAAGAAUAACAUUGCACGCGCAUUUAGCGCAAAAUACUGGCCAGGAACCAAUCAGAAGCGUUCUCUCAUAUUUGUCAUUCAUCGCUAAUCUUUGUGUUACACAGCCCAGGUAUGUUUUAGUGUUGUAUAUGGACAAAUUCCCUGAAUACAUGGUCUAAAAAUAAUCCAUUUCUAAGAAGACAAAGAUUGCAACCUGAAUAUAUCCAUUAUACAUGGGUUGCUGAAGCAGAGGAGCAUUUGAUGAAAGGAUUUGUUGGAUGUUUUAUCCAACAAAGUCCAAAAGUUACCAUAGUGAUAGUCAGACACCUUUGCCUUUCAAAACCAAGAAAGUUGUCAGAACUGACAACUGGAGACACGAAUAUUGAUGAAUUGCUCUCCGGGUGCGUGUUUCAUAAAGCUGUUUGUAAGUUAAGAGCGACUUCAGAAACGACUGGUGAUCAUUUUUUGAGGUAAAUGAUAUUCAUCAUGAGAUGUUCAUUGGUGAUUAAUUAGUUUGCAAGAGAGGUUCACCAGCCGUUUUUAAAGUUGCUAUUAGCUUACAAACAGUUUUAUGUAUUAUGAUCUAACAGAAUAUUGUUUUGAUCGAGAAUUUAAUUAGAAAAAAAUACAGACAGUAUAAUUUGCACCAAUAGGGGAGUGCUUUGUGAAUCAGGUUGUACAUGAUUUUUCACUGUCAGUUGUAAU